GAACCUGAGGAGCCCCCGCCAGAAAAGAGGCUGGGUCUCCAGCUCGGCCGUCCCUGGAAGCAGGCUUUCUGUCCUCCUCGCCCCCUUUCCGAGGAUUUGCUCCUCUCACGCGUGGAGGCAUAAAAGUUUGUUUCUGAGCGCGUGUGCAGCUGCUUCCUCUAGCUCAGUGUUUUUCAAACUUGGCAACUUUACGAUGUGUGGACUUCAGGUCCCAGAAUUCCCCAGCCAGCAGGUUGCCAAGUUUGAAAAACACCGCUCGAAGGGUUCCCCCCAGUUGACUUCCUGGCCAGGGAGCUCCGGCACCUUCCUGUUACGAACUGGAUCAUAGCGGAGGCCCUUCCCUCAUGUUCAGUGCCGGCGGCAGAGGCCGACGCUUGCGGCUUGGCCACUGACCCCCUCUUCCCUCGUGGCACAGGGAUGCCCGAGAAGCAGCGCCAGGUCCUUCAGGAGCAGCUGAUUGACGUCAUCCUGCACGUCCUGAGGGCCCACCCAGAGCUUCACUACUACCAAGGCUACCACGACAUUGCCGUGACUCUGCUGUUGGUAUCCGGCGAGCGCGUGGCUGUUGCCCUGCUGGAGAGGCUCUCCACACAUCACCUGAGGGACUUCAUGGACCCCACCAUUGACAGCACCAAGCACAUUCUCAGUUACCUGAUGCCUAUCCUGCAACACGAGAGUCCUCAGCUCCAUGACUUCAUGCAAAGAGCAGAGGUGGGGACCAUCUUUGCCCUAAGCUGGCUGAUCACCUGGUUUGGUCACGUUCUCGCCAACUUCCACCAUGUCCUGCGCCUCUACGACUUUUUCCUGGCCUCCCACCCCCUUAUGGCCGUUUAUUUUGCUGCGGUGAUUGUCCUCUAUCGGGAAGAGGAGGUGCUGUCCUGUGACUGCGACAUGCCCAGCAUCCAUCAGCUCCUGUCGCGCUUCCCGCAGGACCUGCCCUACGAGACCCUGAUUGUCCAAGCCCACCAGCUCUUCCAGCGCCUGCCCCACACACAGCUCACCAAACAGGCAGCCCUUCAGCUCUACAAGAGCAUUGCCAUCAGCUCCUUCUCGACAUUCCAGCAAGCAGCACUCUGCCAACGCCCAGAUGCCAUCCUUCGCCAGCAGCAGUGGCGGCGGCAGCACCACUCCAGCCCCAGCAACGUAGAGUCCGAUGUGCUCCUUCUCCCUGCAGGACGCAGCGCCCUGGUGAAAGCUGCGGUUUGGGGGCUCACGGCCACGCUGGGGGCUGCUGCCCUGGCCGUCACGCAGACCGCCUUGGAGUGGGGCCCCAAUUUCCUCUUGCAGCUCUUCUAGGGCGCCUCAGCAGGGCGGCAGUGCCUCCCCGGCUCUGCCGCUUGAUCCAAAGGCUCUAGGUCCAUGGGCUGGACUGAAGGGAAGGGGAGCCCCGUUGGAGGCGUGCGGGGUCUGGAGGAUGGAAUCUGGAGCCCCAUCCUCUCUGCCGUUCCUGGCUGCGGCUGCAGCUGCUGGCUGCCAGAGCUGACCUCACCCCGCCGGCCCACUGGAUUGAUGGGGGCCACAAGCCCGGUGCCGAACCCCCUCCCCGUAGAAAGUCCUGGGGCUCCACGGGUGGGGAAAGCCGGGCAUCUAGCCUUGCUCGCCACACAAGCAGGCGAGAGAGGAAGAUCAGGAACACAGGGAAGGAGGGAUGUUUAUGCAAGGAAAGCUGCAGCUGGGGGGCAGAGUACGUGCUCGUAGGCCAAACGCACUGAGCACGGACCCCAGCGCUUUCUGCAAGGCCCUCUCUGAAGCCCUCUGCUGCCACUGAUCUCCGUCUGAACAGAGGGGGAGGCAGCAGCCCCUGCCCCAGCCGAGGGGCAGAGACUCUCCUGCCGCUGUGCGGUCUGCCCGUAGGCAGGGAGAGCCUUGGCUGCCCCAUGGCUGGAGCCGCACAGCCUGGCCUCCGAGAGAAGCAGAGAGACCCUGCGAGCCCCGGGUCUCGGGGGUGGAGGCCCAUCGGGCACUGCUUUGCUCCAGGGAGGUCUGGGAGGGGCACCUGAGCUGCUUCGUGCUCCGGCGGGUUGGGGGGCCCCUUGGGUGGGGAGCAGCUGCGGCUUCAGGGAACUUGGCUUCUCAGCCAGCAGAACCACCCCAGCAAAAGCCGGGCUUGAAUAUGGACUGAUUAUCUUUCUGUAACCAAGAAGUGAAUGGCGGGUCUCCCUCCUCUUCUCCCGCCAUUCCUCCACCUCUGGGGAACUGGUGACCCUCUGCGGGGGACUGCCACCCUCCUUCAUGGUGGUUGUGGCCACUGGGCCUACGCAGAUUUUAGCCACAGCUACAAGCAACCUCCGGGUUUCUUCCUUUCGGACUGGAAUGAUGUCAGGACAUCCUGGGGGAAGGUUCCCCCUUCCUCAGGACCCACUGUGGGCCACAAGGACAAGAGUCUCUCUGGGGUUUGGGUAUAUUUGGUAAAUGAAAAGAGAAAGCUUCUUAAGGGCAAAUAAAGAGUUUUGCCUGCUGCCGGGCAUUGCGUUUGA